UGUUUACAAAUCCCCAGAUUAUUGGUAUGACUGCAGGAUCAUAAGACAAACUGACCAUCCAUGACAUAUUUAUGGACAAUUUUACAGGUAACCUAGUUCUUAUUGAGUGCCUCGUUAGGUUUUAUGUGGAACGACAAACAUCAACUGAUUGGAGGAAUUUUUGUAUUUGAUUGAUUUAAAGUGUAUUCUCUCGUAACAAUUUUUUGUUGAAUACCUAUCAGGAGAGUGAAUGAAUAUAAAAGGGACUAUAUACAAGAGAAUCACCUGAUACAGAAUGGCAGAAGUGGCAGGUGGAGGGGAUGGAACAGUGAGACUGGAAUCGGUCAAAAGCAAACCAGCAGAUCCUUUGGUGAUAGAAAAUGGGGACCUCCAGGAUAACAAUAACAUUGCCAAUAAACAGAAUACAGAGGGUGGUGGUGGUGAGCCAGCCAGUGGGACAGGACCACCAAGUGGUGUCAAAGCAGGCAUUAGCAAAGAUUUAGAUGAUCUGGCUCCAGCUACAAACUUUGUGGUGACGAAGGGAGACGAGGCAGUCAAGCUACGCCUGAGUGACUCUGGCCCCGGUUCAGAGAAGCCUGUCACGGUGCCCUCCAUGCUCUAUCAGACGGUUCAGAGAGUGCCUACCCAUCCAGCACUAGCUGUUAAACGUGGUGGGAUAUGGGUGAAGUGGACCUAUGAGCAAUACUUUAAUGACACACGAAAGGCAGCCAAGGCUCUCAUAAAGCUUGGAUUAGAACCAGUUCAUGGAGUAGGAAUUCUGGGUUUCAAUGCACCAGAGUGGUUUAUUACUAACAAUGCUGCCAUAUUUGCUGGGGGCUUUUCAGUGGGAAUUUACACCACAAACAACCCCGAGGCUUGUAAGUAUGUGGCCCUGAAAGCCAGAUGUAAUGUCAUCGUGGUAGAGAACAAUCAACAGCUGAAGAAAAUUCUCCAGGUUUGGGAGGAACUGCCUGAUCUGAAAGCAGUGAUACAAUAUACUGGAGAAGUGGCAGAGAAACGAGAAAACCUAUAUUCUUGGAAGGAGUUUAUGGAGCUAUCCAGUGAUGUUACAGAUGAUGUGUUACAAGAACGACUUAGUCUACUGGCCCCCAACAAAGCCUGCACCCUCAUCUUUACUUCAGGAACCACAGGGAACCCUAAAGGAGUGAUGCUUUCACACGACAAUUUGACUUGGACAGCAGGGAAGGCUGUCAAUCUUUUGGACUCUGCAUAUGCCUCAGACAGUAUAGUUACUUAUCUGCCCCUAAGUCACAUUGCGGGCCAGAUGACUGAUUUGUAUUUACCCAUCCAUCAUGCGGCCACAGUUUAUUUUGCUCAACCGGACGCUCUUAGGGGGUCACUGCUAACAACUCUAAAAGAAGUCAGGCCCACGGCCUUCCUUGGUGUACCCAGAGUCUGGGAGAAAAUGAUUGAAGGAAUGAAACACAAAGCCAGAGAAUUUGGAUUCCUUAAGAAAAAGUUCAGUGCUUGGGCAAAGGAUGUUGGUUUUAGGACGACAAUGGCAGAGAUGAACCAUGAGCCUGCUCCAGGAACUUUUGCCAUUGCCAACAUAUUGCUUAAAAAGGUCAAGGUAGAAUUAGGUUUUGACCGUUGCAGAUUUUUCAUGUCAGGGGCAGCUCCUAUUAUGAAAGAAACUAUUGAGUACUUUUAUAGCUUACACAUACCACUGAUGGAGGUGUAUGGAAUGAGUGAGAAUUCAGGUCCCCACACCUGUUCCCGCCCAGACAAAUUCAGGACUUGCAGUGUUGGGACAGAGCUCCCGGGGGUGAAAACAAAACUAGCGGACAUGGAUCAGGAGGGAAAUGGAGAGAUUCGUAUGUAUGGGAGACAUGUUUUCAUGGGGUACUUCGAGGAUGAGGAGAAAACAAAGGAGGCUUUUGAUGAAGACCUUUACCUUAUGUCGGGGGAUAUUGGAAAGAAAGACAAAGAUGGAUUCUUGUUCAUCACAGGAAGGAAGAAAGAGUUGAUCAUCACUGCUGGGGGAGAGAAUAUAGCCCCCGUCCUUAUUGAGGACAAUGUUAAGGAGUGCCUCCCAUGUGUUUCUAACUGUAUUUUGAUCGGGGAUAAGAGAAAAUUUCUCUCCAUGCUCAUCACACUGAAGGUGGAUGUAAACCCAGACAAUUUAGAACCUACAGAUAAUUUAACAGCUUUAGCUGUUGACUGGGUUAAAGCCCAGGGCAGUGAUUCCACUAAGGUAUCGGACAUCCUAAAUAACAAAGACGCCACCAUCCUGCGAGCCAUUCAACAGGGUAUUGACAAGGCUAACGAGAGAGCUAUCUCCAGAGCUCAGAAAAUACAAAAAUGGUCCCUGCUUCCUCGAGAUUUCUCUAUCCCUGGGGGUGAACUAGGUCCAACAAUGAAAUUAAGGAGACCCAUUGUGCACAAAAUGUAUGCAAAAACUAUUGAUGCAUUUUAUGAAGAGUAAUGAAAUGAUAAAGUACAUGUAUUCUGUAUGGGCAUGUUAUCACUCAUGAUGAUGUACUGUACUGUAAAACAGUAUAUGAUAUUGUGAUUUUUCAUCAAUACUGCACAUUUAAAUCCUGUUCAUUCAAAGAAAGUGGACUUAAGGUGAGACAACACAUUCCUCAAAAAUUUAUAAUUUUUCCCAAUAAUUUGUCAUUAAAGUAUAGGUACUUAAACAAGUUUCCCCACAAAAUUAGGGUACCUUACCAGGCAUUUGGACAAGAUACCACAGGGUGAUAUUUCUAACAUAUCCCAUAUGGGUAAUCAUCUGAAUGGUCUACAUUGUUGAUGUAUCUAUAUUGAAAACAAUGUAUAAAUCACGAGGGAAUGACAAAUAUGCAUAUUUUUAUAUAAUACCAAGAAAUACGAAAGAUGUAUUUGAGGAACAUGUCGUCUGAACUUAAGAGUCCUGAAAGCAGCCAUAAUAUUAAGUUUUAUUUGUUUAUUUCAUUGUAACUGUUAAUUGUUGAUCAUGGAAUUUAUUUAGUUUGACUUUUCAAGGCAAACUAAAUAAAAAUCUAAGACGAGGCUUAAGGAUUCUUGAAUUGUAAUGGAUAAUCAGGGUCUUUUUUUAAGUUCUAAUUGGCUUUUGUAGUCAGUGCAUGUUUAUUGGGUGUUCUGAAGAAAACUACAGUUGUAAAUUAAGCAAAAUAUUGUCAGACAUUUAUUAAAAAGAGAUACACCAAAAAAAAAAAAUAUGUGCUCAAACUUGAUUUGCAGGAAAUAUGUUUAAAACAAAAUUGAUGCUUCCAUUUAUUGCAGUUGUUGAAUAUUACAAUUAAUAGCUGUCCAUCUGUGUGCAAUUUUAAAGAUCUGAGAGCAUGUUUGGUUGGUUUGCAGAAUUUAGCAAGUUAAAUGUGUUGUAAUCAUUCUGUUAUAAUUCUGUGCAUCAUCACACAUUUAUUUCGUAUGAUUAAUGUUGCAGUAAUUAUUGUAUAUUGUAAACUAACUAAUAUUAUAGAAUUUCUAGAUCAAUAGCCCCACCAGCUCUUUAAAAUUGACUAGGUGACUUAAAAAACACUUGGAAUAGAAGUAUAUUUUCAAUGGUGAUACUAGGGACACUGUUACAUGUACUUCAGUUUUGAUUCUUAACACCAAAACAUUGCUUUUGUACAAAUGAUCACUUCUAAUGAAUUUACCUGAAACAGAGUCAGAAGAUUGAAAUUGCUCAUCUGGCAUCAAAUGAAUCCCAUUUCAUUGAAUUAUUUCUGUAAUUUUUAAGUAUAUCCAGCUUAUAAUUUGAAUUCAACAAUUAAAUCAUAAUUUUUUUUAAAAAUAUUUCAUCAAAUUUCUUAUUGAAUCUCACAUAAGACUUUAAGCUAUAUACAAUAUCUUUGUAUAACUACAGUAUUCUGUGAUAAAGAUGUUGUGGUGUAAGUUUUUGCUGGUAAACAGCAGAUCAUUGUGUACACUUGUACCAAAGACAGAAACCAAAGUUUCAAAAGUACCGGUAUACCAUGGAAUCUCAUGCAGAAAUAACAUGUAUAGGAUCUCCCAUGGUUUCUGGUUGGAUAUUUUUUUAUCCAAUGAGUUUUUAACCAAUUUGUCUAGCAUUAUUUAAAUUUCAAAUAUAUUUUUUUAAGCAUUAAAUUCAGCAUUUAAUUCAGCAGAAUCAUUUGAACAAAUCAAUUCGAGAAAGCAUUGCAGCAUUUCUGUACAAGUUUCACAAUCAUGUAUGAGCCUCUGUAAAUAUUCAUCAAGAAAAAAUCAUAAUUGUUUUUUGGCCAUGUUUAUCAAGAGUCAUCUUUGCUAGCCAAGGGUUCUUGGUCCACUCUGCUCCCCAUAAAUAUUAUUGGGAAUGGAGUGGCCCAGAAACCCUUGGUUAGCGAAGAUGAUGUAUGUUUUGAGUAUUGUUGUGAGGAAGAGUAUGUUGUGUUGUGCACAGCAAAACUUGUUUAGUACGAACACGGAUAUAGCGAAUUCACGAAUAUAGCGAAUUUAUUUUUGGAUCCCCAGCUAUAUAAAUUUAAAGAAUUUCUUAUAUAGAUAUAACGAGUUACGGAUAUAGCGAAGUAAUUUCAUAGGUCCCAGUGACUUCAUUAUAACCGAGUUUUACAGUACAUACUAUCAGGAUGGGGGGGGGGGUGUUAUUAUCUGGUGCUGUAAAAUCACUCUUUUAAGGUCCUUUAUGUUCCUUUAUGUCAUGGUAUAGAGAGAACCACAAAAUGAAGUCCUUCUUGAAAUUUUUUGUGUGAUUAUUUAAAAGAAUAUGUUUCUUCAAUGAUCUAAUAACUUUCAAUCCCCUUGAAACAUUUCCUCCUCAAACCAGAGGGGUAUUCAACAUAGCGAGUGCUUGCAAACAUUUAUGUUGGAGGUACAUUUAUAAGGAAUUUGGGUUAGCGGUCACGAAUGUUCACACUUGAACAGGCCUCAGGAAAAUUUUAUGUCACGAAAAUAAGUGAUUUUGCAGUAUACAUGCAUCAUUGUACAAUGUAAAUAUUUCGAUGCAAUAGAACCUGCUGACGACAAGCUAAACAUUACGAUGAAUGAAUUUACUCUCAUGGUGAAAUGUUUUCCUUCCUAACAGAUUCAAAACAUUUAUGAUCUUGUUAAUAGAUAUAACAAUAAAAUUUUUUUUUUGUUCUUCUCUUGCACUUAACAAAAGAAUACAGAAAUGUUGGAAAAUAAUGAUAGUACAACUUGAACAGCACUUAGUCUAUUUUACAGUGCAUGUGCUCCAAUUUUCAAGUACCGGUAUAUAUACAUGUAUGCAUGAAUUUUAUUUAAUGUUAGUCAUCUAUAAAUAUGAGAAAUGCAGGUGGGAAAAAUAAACAAGAAACAAGCCCCUCCCAUUUUUUUGUGUGAAUAUUAUAUUCUGUUAUUUAGCAAGACGUUUACAAUGGAGUUAAUAAUGUGUUAAAUAAAAUGUAUGUCUUUGUUAAUUGUAUAGCAGCUGUAUAAAGUAUGAACCAAUGAAAAAAAUAAAA